AUGGCUUUUCGUUUCCCUAGUAUGAUCAGAAGGGCAUCAUUUUCUGCAAACCGAGCAAGUUCAAAAGCUGUGGACAUGCCAAAGGGAUACCUUGCAGUCUAUGUUGGAGAAGAAAUGAAGCGGUUUGUGAUCCCAAUUUCAUAUUUAAACCAACCAUCAUUUCAAGAUUUGUUGUGUCUGGCCGAGGAAGAGUUUGGAUAUGAUCAUCCAAUGGGUGGCCUAACCAUUCCAUGCACAGAAGACGUCUUUCAACACAUUACUUCUUGCUUGAAUAAGCUAUGA